CCUAACUUCUUCUCUGCAACUCUCUCUGUUCUACUCUCAAUUCAGUGAAGUAUAAUUUGAAAACCGAUGAUGAAAUGUUGAACCUUUUCAAUUUCAAUGGCGAUUUCAAGUGUGGGUUUCGCUUGUAGAUCCUAUUUCCCUGUUCGUACUCUCCAGUCUCACUGCUUAUGGAAGAUUCGGUUCAACACUGUUGCUGCUGCAAUUGAGACAAUAGAUGACUCAGAUGGUUUCUUCACCAAGGACAGUGAUAGUCAAGACAAGGUUGCUAAUGGGACACGGGAUCGUGAGUGGAAGCAACUGAAUUCAAAAGAUCUUGGCAUAAGCAGCUCAAUGAUUGCAAAAUCCACGAGAAAAGUGCUUAAUGGCCUUAAGAGCAAAGGACAUGAUGUUUACCUUGUGGGUGGCUGUGUUCGGGAUCUUAUUCUGAAGCGGACACCAAAAGACUUUGAUAUACUCACCUCUGCAGAACUUAGAGAGGUGGUUCGAACUUUCCCUAGAUGUGAAAUUGUUGGAAGAAGGUUUCCUAUAUGUCACGUACACAUUGGAGAUGAUUUAGUAGAGGUCUCAAGUUUUAGUACCUCUGCACAGAAUUAUCCGAGAAAUACGAGAACUGAAUCCAAAGAAUCGAGUGGCUCAGAUGGUGAUGAGGACUGUAUCCGUUUGAAUAACUGUUUGCAGCGUGAUUUCACAAUUAACGGGUUGAUGUUUGAUCCAUAUGCCAAAGUUGUAUAUGACUAUCUGGGAGGAAUGGAAGAUAUUAGAAAAGCUAAAGUUCGAGCAGUGAUUCACGCUGGCACAUCUUUUCAACAGGACUGUGCUCGGAUUCUUCGUGCAAUAAGAAUUGCUGCGCGUUUAGAUUUCAGAAUGUCCAAGGAAACAGCUCAUUUUAUUAAGAACCUUUCUUUACUAGUGCAAAGACUUGACAAGGGAAGGAUCUUGAUGGAAAUGAAUUAUAUGUUAGCUUAUGGAUCCGCAGAAGCCUCUUUGAGAUUGCUUUGGAAAUUUGGGAUACUAGAAAUUCUUCUACCAAUUCAGGCAGCAUAUCUUGCACGCAGUGGUUUCAGGAGACGUGACAAAAGGACUAACAUGCUUCUGACUCUCUUUGCUAAUUUGGAUAAAUUGUUAGCCCCUGAUAGACCUUGUCACAGCAGCUUAUGGAUAGCAAUCUUGGCAUUUCACAAAGCGCUUGCUGAUCAUCCUCGAAGUCCUUUAGUUGUAGCUGCGUUUAGCCUUGCUGUUCACAACUGUGGAGAUAUUCUAGAAGCUGUGAAAAUCACAAAGAAGAUCACUAGGCCACACGAUAAAAGCUUCUUCGAGCUAGUAGAGCCCGAGGAGAAUAUCGACUUCCAAACCCUGUUGGACGAGGUCAUGGAUCUUGAUGAAUCUAUCAAAGAUGCUUUAAACCAGAUGACUGAUGGGUAUUUUAUAUCGAAAGCUAUGACAGCUUACCCUCAAGCACCGUAUUCCGAUUUGGUAUUUAUACCGCUGCAAUUGUACCUUAGAGCAGGCAGAAUAUUCGAUAGUGUGAAAAAAGAAGAGACACAAAUGGGAUUUGAGGCCAAGCAAGGAAGCAAGAUCGAGAGGGCUGGGAGCCCAGUGUACGGUCGUCAAUGGAGCAGAUCAUCUAACGUUACGGAAUCGAGAUCGCCGUCCAUGUCUCCUGCUCACCGGAAUAAAAUCGGUGGUGUUGGUGGCUUAUCCACCGUUAAAAGGACUCAGAACGUAGCCACCAAAGCGGCGGCUCAACGGUUAGCGAAGGUUAUGGCUUUACAGAACAAAGACAACGAAGAAGACGAUGAUGAUGACGACGAUCACGAAUUCAAAUUCGCACCUCCUUCUUCUGGACCUAUCAACGGAUCCUUCUCUCGCCGCAAUCGAUCGCAGUCACCUGCGAUAGGUAGAAACAUCACUGAGCAAGUGACGUCAGUGCGUUCUUCGUCUACUGGAAGACCAUCAACGUUUAGUAGAUCCACAAUUCCGAAUGCGUCUCCUAUUCGGAUGCCGCCUAAGGCCUCUUUUCAACCUCCAGUGAUUAUUCCUCCAAUUGAUCAUUCAUUUAAGGAUAGAGAUCAAAGGUAUUUUGGUGAUGUACCAUUAGUAAAUUCGAGAGAUAAAGGGUAUCAGCGCGAAGCUUCAGCUCUUCGUGAUGAAGUGGAUAUGCUACAAGAGGAGAAUGAGAUUGUAUUGGAGAAGCUUCACCGUGCAGAAGAAAACCGCGAGGCAGCAGAAGCCAGGGCUCGAGAGCUGGAGAAACAGGUUGCUUCUCUUGGAGAAGGAGUGUCACUGGAGGCCAAAUUGUUAAGUAGGAAGGAAGCGGCAUUGCGCCAAAGAGAGGCUGCUCUUAAGGCUGCUAACGAGAAAAAAGAUGGCAAAAAGGAGGAAGUUGUUUCCCUUCGUUCACAACUUCAGAGCCUGAAGGAUGAGGCUGUAACAGCUGCGGAACGGCUUCAAGAAACAGAGGCAGAAGCAAAGGCUCUUCGUACAAUGACUCAAAGAAUGGUUUUAACACAUGACGAAAUGGAGGAAGUAGCCUUGAAGAGAUGCUGGCUUGCCCGGUAUUGGGGUUUGGCAGUACAGCAUGGUGGGAGUGAUCAGACCAAAACUGAUAGAUUUUUAAGUGAUCUAACUGGAGAAGGAAAUAUCGAACGUAUGCUUUCAGUUGAGAUGGGUUUGAGAGAGCUAGCAUCCUUAAAGGUUGAAGAUGCGGUUAUGCUUGCAUUCGCCCAGAAGAGAACACCCAGUUUAGUUCGUCAAGAUUCCAAAGGGCAUGGAGAACUCAGAUUUGUAGAGACAUAUGAGCUAAAAGAAGGGGAACAAGAAGAUGUUGCCUUUAAGCAGGCGUGGCUGAUGUACUUCUGGGGUAGAGCCAAGUUACAUGGUGUGGAAGAAGACAUUGCGGAUGAACGUCUGCAGUUUUGGAUCAGUCGUAGUGGAGGAAAAAAUCCGACUUCUCAGGAUGUCGUUGACGUGGAACGAGGUAUGUUAGAGCUAAGGAAACUAGGAGUAGAGCAACAAUUAUGGGAAGCUUGUCGCAAAGAAACCGAUCAGCUUCUUCCAUCUUCUUCUCCAACCUCUACUCUCUCAAAUCACAACCUCGACUCUUAGUUUAUGUUACCAAUAGCAUUCCAUAUUGUAUAACCGAAAAACAAAUCACCAUAAAUGUA